UGGACGCCGCCAUCAGUCGAUUGGAGAUGCAUCCGCUGCUUGUUUGUCUUUCAUCGCUUUGCUUUGGCUUUUGUCAGCUUUAUGUGGCAGCAGAGCCCCUCUGCGACGAUUGUCGGGUGAUUGUGAUACAUCCCGGGAAAGAAAACUCUACGGGCCAUCAGUUUUCCAGAAAUCAGCGGAUUGUGCGCGUUAUCAACGAAUACAAACAAGUCAGCUGGAAAGAGUUUCAGCUCCGGGAUAGGAUUAAAAUGCGCAGCCUGCAAUUAAAAGAGUUUAGUUUUGUAGUUAAACUGAAAAUAGACAACUCCGUGCGCUGCAGUGGAGCUCUCAUAGCCCCCAAAUUGGUUGUAACAUCCAGUAAUUGUUUCAUAAAAGAUGAGACCGAUCAGCUGAAAGUCUUUUUAAGUAAUGGAAAAACUCUGGUGGUGAAUAGUCAGGAAAAUCCCAACAUUUUCCCUGAACUCAGUUUCCUUUUUUUGAAACUACCAUCUGAUGUUCAACCAGCUGCACUCUGUAAUAAAACCUUGAAAGUGGGCCAAAAUGUAUCCAUGCUAAUGGCCAGUUCGGAUCUAAGCUUCUAUGGUCGCCGGCAAGCUCAAAUCAUUCCUAACACUGCCUGUAAGAAGUCCUUCGAGGAGGAUGAGUCUGUUUAUAUAACUCCCGAUAUGUUUUGUGUAAAAAACUCCCAGAACCCCGAGAAAUGCGCCACUAGUCCUGGAGAUGCCUUGCUGAUUGAUCACCAGCUUUGCGGAUUAAAUAUUUAUGGAUCGCAUUGUCGAGCUAACUCAUUAAAUGCCGAUCUUUUUAUAAAUCUCAGCAAACUGCAGCCCUGGCUAAAUGAUUUUUUAGAGAAAAGCGAAUCAACAAAGUGAGUUGUCAUUAUUUGUAAAUUAAAACCGGCAAAGCUUUGGUCUUCAAGCAAGACUAAUACC